AUGGUGAAAUCAAUUCAAGAUGGAAAGUCGAUCGACUUCAAUGCAAUCGCUCCAAGAUUGAACGCUCCAACUCAAACUGAAGCUGUUGCAAGAGAAACAGAGAUGACUCAAAACAAGAUUCUCUAUUCUGCAAAGCUCGACGAGAACAUGCGAAGAUCAGCCUACUUCGAAACGAACAAGCGAACUGUCAAAUCAAACAUCAUGCUGAAGUUUGUGACGAAGGCGAUGGAUAUCAAGCUUCGAGGUGAAGCCGAUUUUACGACUACUCUUGAAGAUCCAAUCGAACUCUUGAAACGUAUUGAACAAUUCAUGAAGAAGAGUGCUGAUGCUGAGUAUGACUUCUUGGAUUUCUGGGAAGCCAAUCAAAAGUUCUUUGCUAUGAAGCAAGGAACAACAGAAAACUUGAUGCAUUUCAAGGAACGAUUCUUGAGACAAGCUGAAGUCCUUCAAGAUCUAUAUGGCGUUGCCUGGUUCCGAAAUUUUGCAGUCAAGACGAAAGCGUAUGCUGCUAUUGCUAGCACCGAUACUACUGCUAGAGACAAGUUCAAGGAUGAUAUCUUUGAAGCGGUUCUUGCAACAGGAUUCCUGUGCAACUGUGAUCAAACGAGAACAGCUCCUCUGAUGCUGGAUCUUCAGACAAAUUACUGCAGGGAAGUGGAUUAUUAUCCAAAGACGGUCAGCAAAGCACAAGAUAUGUUAAAGAUUCACAUGGAUGUGAUCAAGAAUCCGGGAAUGAACCUGUACCAAGGAAAAGACCAGCCAAUUAAAGGUAAAGGUAAAGGAAAGGGUAAACCGAAGGACGAAAAGAAAAAGGCAGCAUGUUAUGUAUGUGGCAAAGAGGACCAUAUGUCUCCAAAAUGUCCAGACAGACUGCUACCAGAGACUCAAUGGAAGCAUCCGAAAUACUAUGUUGAUUACAGGAAGAAGCUCAAUCCUAAUCAGAUUGGAGCAACUGUCCCAACUACAGCUACAGUUCCUGGACCUUCUCCAGCAACAAGUGUGAUCACGGGUGGAACAUUGAGUGUUGCGGGAAGUGUUAACACACCUUUGCGACUUGCUGGUACUACAGGUACUCAAAUGAUCCAAGUUCCUACAGGUAAUCAAAUGAUGCAAGUUCCUU